UUUUUCAUAGCUGCCUGUCUGCUACAGAAAACAUAACCUCUCAAAUUCUCAAAACAUUUUCUAACAAAAAAAAACUAGAGUUGACAUUUAUCUCUUUCAACUUAUUUAUUAUGAAAGUAAAUUUUUAUUUCAAUUUUUUCACUUGUGUGUUUUAACAAAAUGAGAGAAAGCUGAAGUAACUAUAUCUCCAGAAUAUUUUUACCACAAUUCAUAAACUCAUGUAAUGAACUCAAUCAAGAACUGUGAUAGUAACCCAAGUGAAAACUCUUCCUGCUCUUCUAAUGAACGAGCAAAAAUCGUGUUUACGAUACGAGAUGGGAGCCUCCUUGUCACUUCCAAAAACGACGUGGUAUCCAAGAGUGCGCUCACUGGUUUUCAAUGUCUGCCGUUUAAAAAUUCUAAAUCAAAAGAGGAAGGUGAAGGUGAAAUUUAUAUUGAAAUAAUUCGAGAUGAUGUCGAACAAUAUGAAGAAUAUCCUAUCAACAACAUCUCAUCAUCAUAUGGAGCGUUUUGGAAGGGAGAUUUUGAAUCGUGUAUUGACAGACGCACAUGCAUAGAGUGCAAACAUGUUUUGUUUACACCUCAUCAACUCCUGCAUCAUAUGCAGAACACACAUAAUAUUCAAAAUCCCAAUGAGUGCUUUGUCUGCCAUAAACUUUUUUCUAAUGGUUCUGAGAGCAAUAACCACAUGAAACAAGUUCACCACUUUGAGAGACCUGAUGUCACCUGUGAAGCAUGCUUUAAAGUAUUUGAUAGUGAAUCUGAUAAAAACAUUCACAGAACCCGUCAUAGUGAAAGAUUAAAUUGCAAAUGGUGUUCUGAGCCGUUUCCUUGCGAAUACCUUUUAAACUAUCAUCUUCGAAACUGCUCACUUCGUCGAAUCGACCUAGAUUGUCAUAUCUGUGGCUGCCAAUUCAGAAGCAGCCAUAUAUUACAGCUGCAUAGUCUGAGACAUAAUCGUAACUCUUGUGAACUUUGUCAGUACAGUCCACUAAAUGUAGCUGAUGCACUGGGUGAGGAUGCUGCUGUUUCAUUAGUAAAACAUUUGAAAAAUUGUCAUACCCAGGAAGAAAUUGAUAGUAUUUUGAAGAAGUUAAAAAUACAGGAUGAGGAAGAAGAGACCUUAGAUAAGCUUUUCAUGAGUCAAAUUGAAGAAAAUUUAAACCAACUAAGUGAUUCUAUUCCUCAAAACUGUGCUGACGAUCCUCAGAAGGAACAAAGUUGGGAAAUAUCCCUUGACAACCAACAAGAAAUAAUUUCUAGACAUGCUGAAGCAUCACUGCAAUGCACUGAAUGCCACAAAACAUUUGGAAGCAAAGAAGAAACUGUGAAACAUGAGUUGACUCACCAAACCCCAUUUUCUUGUAGUGUAUGUUCUUUAAAAUUUUCACACCGCAGAGGCUUCAAAAAGCACAUGCGUUCACAUGGUAUUCUUGUGAAACCCAGUUCUGUAAGAUACACUUGUAGACAUUGCUCUGUGAAUUGUGCAACCUUGUCUGCACUUCAUACACACCUCCUUAUUCAUACUGAUGAAAAGCCACACCUCUGUGAAAAAUGUGGCUUAAAAUUCAGACGGCCUAAUGCUCUCAAAGCUCAUGAUCUUGCUGUCCACAAGUCAAGGGUCUUGCAUCACUGCUCUCAAUGUGACACCAAAUCUCUUUCAAAAUCUUCUUUACUUCGUCAUAUUCAGUGUGUGCAUGGAGGAGUGCGACGUUUUAUUUGUGGGCUAUGUGGUAAUCGUUGUCUGCAAAACCAAGGUUUGAGACGACAUCUGAAGAGUGAGCACAAUUUAGAGUUACCUCCAAUGGAAAGUUUGUGCAAGAAAUCGAGUAUGGAGGUUCAUGUCAUUCCACCACCUCAAAACCUGUCCCCAAACAAUCCCAUUGCGGAGAUAUUGAAGCUCGCUAUCAGGGAUGAGAAAUCAAAAUUGGAAGCACUAAAAAAACUGCCCACUUCAGAAGAAACUCCAAAUAAUGAGAGUCCUAAAUUGUUGUGUUCAGAAAGUGUCAUUGAUGGACAGCCAUUGAACAUUCUUGGUGAUGUUGCGUCUAAAGCUGCUCCCCUAGAACAAGCGAGUGUCAUACCUGAAUUUCUCCAGCCAAAAUCUCAGGAAGCUACUAAGUUUUUAUGUGCUGAAUGUCAACACUGUUCUGAUAGUUUGAAUGAUCUCUCUCUUCAUUUGACUCGAUGCCAACAGGGGAGGACUGUAUUUGCUGAACAGGAUAGCAAUGAAGUAUUAGUGGCCAAACCUCCUGUUGUCUAUGCUCUGGCUUCUUCACUUGCAAAACAUUCCAAUGAAGUUUCUAGUGGAAUUCCCUACCAGUUGUGUUUUGUUCCUCCCAUCAAUGUGGGCUCCUCUACACUGGGACCUGUAUCUGUAUGUAACAAUAGUUCAGAACAGACUGUUGUACCAUCAAUUAAUGUCAGUACAUCUGUGUCAUUACCCCAGGCAUCUAGAAACUUACUAGCAACCAGUAUUUCUUCAACAUCUCUAAGUGAUAUUAGCAAAAAUAAUGUGGAUAAUAAUAUGGAAUCAACAGAAAAUUUAGUGCCUGUAACAGAAUUUAAUGGGGGAUCAAGACUGCCAAUAGAUAUUAUGUCACUGAAUGUUUUAGAUACUUCCAACACAUCUCAGUUGGAGUUUUUAGACGCUUCAAAUUUUAUAUUUCAAGAAGACUUUUUAAUCAGAGAAGAAACAUGCAAAAUAUAUGACCUAAAUGAGCCAUCUGCAUCCUUUACUACAUCAAAUGCUGUUUCAUUGAAUGACGGUCGUGUGGAGAGUUUAAAGGAACAAUCUUCCCCCUAUAAUUGCCCAAAAACUAUGUUAUUGGGUGCUGAUGGAAUGAAAGUUAGUCAGUUGUUGUCGUCUGGUCUAGAGGUGGUCUCACCAAAUUUGCCUGACAAUCCCAAAGCCUUAAAUGAUUCUGCUUCUUGUUUUCUUGAGAGCACACCACCCGAAUUGGUUUCAUCGUUACCUACGUUACCUGCUACCAACUGUGGCACCGUUGUGCAGCCAGAUGAGAAUCAAACUCACUGCAGUCCUGAGAAUUUAAAAAUCAUGCAAAUUUGUAAAAAAGCAAAAACUGACUCAACCAACCCAAUUGAUGGAGAAAGGAACUCCUUAAAAUCAGAAAUAGUUAAAUCAGCAAGUUGUACUGAGGAGAAGGCUAAUCAUGUGUGUCCGGAAUGUGGCAAGCAACUUUCAUCUGCCUCUACUUUCAAGAGACAUCUCGAAAUCCAUUUUGGGGGCAAACCACAUAUAUGCUCAUAUUGUGAUAAAUGCUUCAGAUAUAAACACAACCUUACUGUUCAUAUUCGUUCUCACACAGGUGUGCGACCUUUUGACUGUCCGACCUGUAAAAGAAAAUUCAGGUAUCUGUCCGAGCUUAAUGAACAUAGACUGUCUCAUAGUGGAUCAAAAUCAUUCUCAUGUCCAGAAUGUGGUCAACAGUUUGCACGUCAAAGAGAUCUCCGGCGACAUUCUCUUUCUCACAGACAAAGCGAAAAACCGACGUGUGAUAUAUGUCAGAAAAUAUUUUCUCGUGUAGAUUAUUUGAGAAGACACAUCAAAGCUCAUAAGUCAUCAGCCAUCAUGGAUGGUGAAGAGUCUUCAUCAUUGAAGACCGCCAGAAAUCAAGUCAUGAAGAAAUCCGGAACACAGGACAAAAUUCAAGCAGAAGUAUCUCAUAGCCUGAAGAACAUACCAAGUGGUUCCAUUAAAUCUGUUCCUGAAUCAUACAAAUCACGGAAAGCUAACUCAACUUUAGUUGUUAAAGAUUGUACUUCCGAUGAUUUGAUUAGUUUAGCAUACCAAGCUGCAGAGGAUGGAGUAGAAUUCAUGUUUGUUGAAGAAGUCAAUGCCUGCGCUUAUGAGCAGGACAUCGAAGUCACUAGCUCAGAAGUGGAAGGCAAUUUUAUGCUGAUAAAAACAUGGGAGCAGAUUUAGAGGGAGUGUGAGAGUCAAUGGAGGGAAGGACCACUGCGACUCGCCGCACCCGACCAGCAAGGAGACAGCCAGUCGGGCUGUGGCGGUCAUCUCAAUCAAGAAACAACUAGCUGAU